AUGGGAAACUGCGUCGAAGUUUUGUCGAGGCGGCGAGAAGAAGAGGGGACGAUGACGACCACGACAACGACGACGAUGGAGAAAGAAGAAAGGAAAGGGGGAGUGAGGAUAAAGGUAGUGUUGACGAAAGAGGAGUUGCAAUGGCUAAUGGAGCAAGUUCAGGAGCGAGGAGGGAAAGGGUUAGAAGAAUUGUUGGGAGAGAUCGAGAGACGAAGAAGAAAAGUAGAUGAAGAUGGUUCGUGGAGACCUUCUUUGGAGAGUAUUAUGGAAGUUCCUGAAGUUCCCGAUCGGAUGGAGCCACUUUCUUCGUAA